UGUAAUGAUGAAGAAAGUUUGGUAUCAUAUGGACAUAAAGUUGGAUCCAGCGGCAGCCAUUGUGAAGUGUCUACUUUUGCUCAUACCUGCCCUUUAGUGUCAGCUUAUGAAAAACCAGAUGAUGAUGCAGCUGCCAUUCGUACCCAACAGCACAGCACACAAGGUCGCCAAUGGGUUGUUAAUGGACCCAUGUGUCUAGCUUGCCUCUCUAGAGGGUGUUGCCUGGUCAUCUUCAGGGACGCUUUGCUAAACCUUCUCCGGUCCUGCCUAUCCCUCCCUCAUACAGAGGAGCAGUACAAAUCAAGUUCCAUAGCAAAACCACCCCUGUGCUCCAUGGGACUUCCAACACCCCAGCAUAAAUACAACUUACAACAUAGGUUGUACUGUUGGUUAUUUCUUAUGAGGGUCAUGGAUAUUCCCUACCUAAACUUGGAAGGACCAGACUUGCAACCUAAACGUGAUCAUGUUCUCCAUGUGACAUUCCCCAAAGAAUGGAAAACAAGCGACCUUUACCAGCUUUUCAGUGCCUUUGGUAACAUUCAGAUAUCCUGGAUUGAUGACACAUCAGCAUUUGUUUCUCUCAGCCAGCCUGAACAAGUACAAAUUGCUGUCAAUACCAGCAAAUAUGCUGAAAGCUAUCGGAUCCAGACCUAUGCUCAAUAUGUGGGGAAGAAACAGGAAGAGAAGCAGAUCAAGAGAAAGUGGACAGAAGAUGGUUGGAAGGAGGUUGACAGAAAGCGGUUAAACACCCAGUGCAAAUCCUAUGCCCUGCAAAAUAACUAUUACUACACCAAUAGUUUUACAACUACCGGCACAGUAGGAAAGAGAAAUCUGAGUCCUAGUCAAGAAGAAGCUGGCUUGGAGGACAGAGUACCAGGGGAGAUUUCUGACGCUGAGCUUGAGCAGACAGAUUCAUGUGCAGAGUCCCUCUCAGAGGGGAGGAAGAAAGCCAGGAAAUUAAAAAGAAUGAAGAAAGAGCUUUCUCCAGCAGGAGCCAUCUCGGACAGCCCCGCCACACUCUUCGAAGUUCCUGACAUGUGGUAACCAAGACCCAAGUGAAACAACCCACUGAUGCUCUCGCAGAGAAAGAGCCAGCCGGCACAUUUGGAAGCCAUACUGUAAUUAACUGAAUAAAAUGGGAUGUGGGAGGGGCUGGAAACCAAGUGUGUCUCCAGAAAAAACUGGUUUUUAUUUUCGUGGCUGUGUUUCUUUUUUUUCGUUUUUAAUCUAAACUGUCUUUUGACACUCAUCACGGCUAUACAGCUGUCAUGAGUGUAUGCACGAUUAACCAGUUACUUCCUUGUUGCCUGUGUGAACCUUUCCUGUCAUGAACGAGUGUGCUUCAGAAUCCACCUAAGGGAAUGUCAGCUGUGAAAUCUGCCAGAAGAACUGACAUUCUGGUUGCUGUGAUCAUGUAUUUGGGUUGAACUCUUUCCUGUUUAGAAAGGUUCUUGCCUGUCUUCUCGUGUUCAGAUUUGGGGGCUGUUGCAUCUCCCAGUGGAGAAAUCGGUGGUGUCUCCCUGCAUCCCACCAUAGCUUACUGAAAAGAUGACGCUGUCAUGCUUGUUUUUGCACUAGGAGGAUGUCACCAGGUUCAGCCCACAGAGAGGCUUACCAUAUGCCUUGGCCUCUAGAGCAUAUUUAUUGAAAGUUACUUUUCCUAGGAUGUGAGCUUCUCAUAGGGCUAUUGAGUAGCUGUCCAUUUCUGUUCUCACAUGCAGUGCUGUGUUCACUUUUCAGUGUCUCAGCCAGGUUGUCUUUUCUGUUUGUUUGGGUGGCAGCUGGGGGCUAAGCUGGCAGAUGUGCAUACAUGCGCAUGUGUGUGAGACCAUGGCCAAUCUACCACAUGUACCAGCCCUUCUCUGUUGAAACAGAUCCCAACAACAACAACAGUUUACGGAUCUUCUUCAGUAGAUCUGCUUCAGAUAGAUCAUUGUUAGAUUUUAACAUUUUUGUAUUGUGGAAAUGAAAAUGAAAAAUGUAUUUCCAAAAGCUGAAAAUUAAAGAAAU